AUGUUGCAGGUGUAUCCGUGCCUUGGGUGCAGGUGCAGGUGCAAGGGCCACUUGCCAGUUGUGACAGGGAGUUAUCUAUGGCUUUACAAUAAAGAGGCAGGCAGGCGCGGGAGAGAGCAGGACUGCAGGAGACGUAGGCGGCAAAAAAGGGCAGGAAGGAAGGAGAGACCACGCUCGAGACAGUCGAGACAGUCGAGGCAGCGCAGGAAGCAGCAGCCCGAAGGCAGGAAGGAAGAGUAG